CUUUGCGCUCGUGUCUCUCGCGGGAUACACUAACAGGCGGUGUCGGCGGAGGGGCGUGAGUCCUGCUAACUUCCUCUCCUUCAUUCUCUCAUUUGUUGUGUUGUGCCGCGUUCCCGUGUAAUGAGCGAAGCAGAGGAAUGGUGGUUUUAAGUCGCUGGCGUUUGUGUUUCUAGUUGUGAGAAGUUGUGUUGCAAGUUGUGAGAAUACUUCGCUUUGAGUCUGCAUUCCCAGCGUGAUUUACCUGUCAGGGACGCUAACGAGUAAGCAUGGAGGACAGCGGCGAGGUGUCCGGCACGCCGCUGCUGGCCCAGGCGUCCGUAGGGCCCCAGCGCGGCCUUCCGCAGCCGUCCGGGGAGGGCCAGAGCUGCCUGCAGGACGUAUGGAACAGCUCCGAGCUCGAGGGUGUGUUCUGCAACGCCUCCUGGGACACGCUGCACUGCUGGCCCGCUACGCCCGCCGGCCGCACCGUGAAGGAGUCCUGCGCCAACGUGUUCAGCGACGUGCCGGCCCUCCUGGACUACCCUGACGCCGUGGCGUACCGGGAGUGCGGGGUGAGCGGCGCGUGGCUGUGGGACGGCUGGACCAACUACUCCCAGUGCCUCAGCGUCAUCGAGCAACAGGCCGGCCCCUCGCAUGUACUGGAGGCCGUUCGCUACAUCACUUUCAUCGGCGGCCUGCUCUCCCUCUUCACCCUCGCCGUCACCAUCUUCAUCUUCUCCUACUACAGGGCGCUGGAGUGUGACCGCCUCCGGGUGCACAGGAACCUGGUGGCGGCGCUCAUCAUCCGCUUCCUGGUGAUGCUGGUGCUGACGGAGCCCUUCGUGUCGCGCCGCCGCUCCUACACCUACAGGGACGUGGAUUGGCUGUGCAAGACGCUGCUGGCCCUCAGGAUGUACGCCCAGAUGGCCUCGAUAAACUGGAUGUUCGUGGAGGGCCUCUUCCUGCACUCUCGCCUCACCUCAAACGUGUUCCACUCCGGCGCGCCCUUCCCACUUUACUACGCCAUCGGCUGGGGGGCUCCGCUGGUGUUCAUCGUGGGCUGGGGCACCACCAUGGCCCUGCACCACCCUGCCCACUGCUGGCGCGGCUACAGCACGCUCUCCUACGUCUGGAUCCUCGUGGGGCCCAUGGUUGCCGCCCUCAUGGUCAACUUGGUGUUUCUGGUGAACAUUAUCAGGAUCUUGGUGACAAAGCUUCGAGCCAAUGACACCCUGGAAACAGAAAAGUUCAGCAGUCACGGAUGCAUUCCACAGCCCCAUGGACCCUCCACCCCCAGGUUCCACCACAGGCGCAGGAGGGUGCUGCUCCACUACCACUCGCAGCGGCGGCAGCACCCACCUAACAAUAACAGUCUCCAGCAGGAGGAGACGCUCACAGUCCCCGAUGAAGCUGCCCUGCGCAGGAGCAGAUCACUGCACACUGGAGGUGACAUGAGCUGGAGGCCCCACAGGCUCAGCAGAGAACAGGAGUCCACCACUGCUCACAACAGAGAGAGCAGCCCUCUCCUCAGACAUGAGUGUGCGCACAAGCAGGCAAUACAGCAGCCCGUGGGCAGCAGCCACCUCCCCCGUCACCACCUCGUUGGGAGCCGACGCUCUGUCCACACCAACAGUCUGCAGCACUACCCGUCAGUGGGUUAUGCUGCCAACCGUCCUGAGUUUAACUUAAG